UGUAAGGGAACAAACAUUACAUAAAUGUUUUGAAUGGAUCUCAUCGGUCGUGUAUAAAAUUUAUUUAAUAUAAAUGGUAAAUAUUUUUAAAAAUAAACAUGCCGUGCUUAAAAAUUAUGACUAAUAUUCUCAAAUCAAAUAUCCCAAAGGAUUUUUUAGUUAAAAUACUACCAGUUCUUGCUGAAGGAGUCAGAAAAUCCCCUGACAAGUUUCUUUGCGUUAUAGAAGGUGACUGUCAAUUGACAAUAAAUGGCAAUUCAACUCUUCCUGGUGUCAUAGCAACUCUGGAAUCAAUUGGGAAUUUAGGACCAGAAGACAAUAAACGAAUCGUAAAACUUUUAACUGCAUUUAUGGAAAAAGAACUCGGUGUUCCUCCUAACAGAUUCUUCUUAACGUUCUACGAUCUAACUACUUAUAAUGUCGCAAAAGGAGGUGUAACAAUUGAAACUUUAUUGGAGCAAAUAUAAAACAUCUACAACACAUUUUGAGUCGCGUAAAUAAAAUUUAUUAAAACAUA